AUGGCCUACUGGGCAAUUGCAACACGCAAAAGCCAAUCGCCGCCUAUGAAAAUUACGCCCGUACUCAAUCCUAAUCAACGCGAAUUUCUCGAGGAUGAGCUACUCUAUCGCGAGAAAUUGGAAAUACUCGCUGAACACAAUACGAUUAGCACUGAUUUGUUUGUGCGCAAAUUCGAGGACAUCGACGAUCCAGUAUUGUUGGACAAGCACGAUUCCUUCUAUCACACCACCAAGAGUCUGCUGGUGCUGUUCCAAAUAAUGGGCGUCAUGCCCAUACAUCGCAAUCCGCAGAAAUCGCACAUGCCACGCACUGGCUAUUCGUGGACCUCCAAGCAGGUCUUUUGGGCGAUAUUUGUAUUCUCCGUGCAGACGACUGUGGUGGUAAUGGUUUUGCGUGAGCGUGUUAACACUUUUCUCAACGACACGGAUCGUCGCUUCGAUGAGGCCAUCUACAAUGUGAUUUUCAUCAGUUUGCUAUUCACGAACUUCUUACUGCCGGUCGCGAGUUGGCGUCACGGACCGCAAGUUGCGAUCUUCAAGAAUAUGUGGACGAAUUAUCAGUUGAAAUUCUUGAAAGUAACCGGUUCGCCGAUUGUGUUUCCCAACUUGUAUCCGCUCACCUGGGGUCUGUGUUUCUUUUCGUGGGGUGUCAGCAUUGCUAUAAAUCUAUCGCAGUAUUACCUUCAGCCGGAUUUUAAGCUGUGGUACACUUUCGCCUACUAUCCGAUCAUAGCGAUGUUGAAUGGUUUCUGCAGCUUGUGGUAUAUAAACUGCACAGCAUUCGGCACCGCUAGUCGCGCUCUCUCCGCUUCGCUCGAGAUGACUCUAAUGAGUGAUAAGCCGGCCAAGAAGCUCACAGAGUAUCGUCAUCUUUGGGUUGACCUGAGUCACAUGAUGCAACAACUAGGUCGCGCCUACUCCAACAUGUAUGGCAUGUAUUGCCUAGUCGUUUUCUUUACCACGAUCAUUGCCACAUAUGGUUCCUUCAGCGAAAUUAUGGAUCAUGGCGCUACGUAUAAGGAAGUUGGUCUUUUCCUCAUAGUUUUCUAUUGCAUGAGUCUACUCUACAUCAUUUGCAAUGAGGCACAUUAUGCCACACAAAGUGUGGGUUUGGACUUUCAAACUAAGCUGUUGAAUGUAGACCUUACCGUGGUGGACAGCGCCACACAAAAGGAGGUGGAAAUGUUUCUAAUGGCGAUAACAAAGAAUCCGCCUAUAAUGAAUUUGGAUGGCUAUGCGAAUAUUAAUAGAGAGUUGAUAACAUCGAACGUCUCAUUUAUGGCCACUUAUUUAGUAGUGCUGCUGCAAUUCAAAAUAACAGAACAAAGGAAUUACACUUUGAGGGGUGUUUGA